AGAUCUCUUCGAGGGCUGCGGGGAAUCAGAAGAAGCGGGGGAGGAAUCCAAUUUUGUGUUCUGAUAGUGGGAUUUUUAUCAGCAAUUACCCAAGAGAGAGAAAGCGAGGAACUGGGCGAUUCUGAUCACGAGCUCGAUCGCUGCGAGAGCAGCUUCUGUGUGGGAAAAUUGACGCAGAAGAAGAAGCGGCGAGAUUGAUUGAUUGAUUGUUUGCGGGGCGGCAGAACGAAGAGAUUAUUACCACCGAGGAAGUUGUUGUUUAGGUCGCUGGAAAUCGUAGUUGUAGCUUGAAAUCGUCGCUGGGAGGGAGCAAUGUCGGGGGUGACAGGCAUGGAGGGUAUGUCCGUGGCGCCUCGGCUCAGCCGCGCGGUGCAGAAGUUGGAGCGAUGGGCUUUGCACCAACAAAGUAAGAGCAACGAGCCUAUAGCAUGGGACAAGAUCAACCCGCGAACCGACCUCAAAAAACUGCCCUACGACAACCUUCCUCGCAUCCUCGAGGACCAUGAGAAAUGCAAAAUUUUGCUGGACAAGCUCAUCGUGGUCAAGUUGUGCGGUACACUUGGACGCUCUAUGGGGACAACGCAGCCCAAGGCGCUUGUGGAAAUUUGUUGUAAACAAAGUGCUGUGGACCUAGCAGUGCAACAAAUAGAGGUGCUGAAUUCCAAGUACAAUUCGAAGGUAUCAUUGGUCCUGGGAACCUCUGACAACACCAACAGAGCUAUUAAACAGGCAGUGAAGAAGUACAGCACCUCGAAUGUCGACAUUGUGGUUUUCAAUCAGACAGAGUAUCCGAGGGAAGUUUGGCCAGUGACGCCAAAAAUCGGCGAAGAUGGCGGGUAUUUGACAAACAACGGAGACUUGUUUGCUGCUUUUUCUUUUAGUGGAAAGCUCGAUGAGUUUCUUGCCCAGAGAAAAGAAUACCUAUUCAUCGCAAGUUGUGACAACUUGGGCGCUACCGUGGAUCUCAAUAUGCUGAAUUAUAUCUCUGAAAACCAGUGUGACUACUGCAUGGAGGUGACUCCUAAGAACGACACUGAUGCCGAAAUUGGAGCUCGUGUCUCAUCUGAAGGCAACAUUGAGCUCUUGGAGUUCGAGGAAGCCUUUCCAAGUCAAAGUGAAAAAACUCGGUCCGGAGAUGUGAAAGUAGUCAACACGAAUAGCACCUGGGUAAAUCUGAAGGCUGUCAAGAGGUUGACAGAAAUUGAAGCUCUUGAUAUUUACUGCUCUUCAAAGGGUUGUGAAGAGGGCGAGGAUAUUAAACUUCAACUGCAAACUGCAGGCGGGGCUCCACUCUACUCAGUUGAUGGGGAGAUAUUUGAGAAUUUACCGAUUGAGGGCAAUUCGGACCUGCUUCUAGUUCAGUUCUUUGAUGGGAGCAUUGCUGUGGAGGUUUCACGGUCAAGGUUUCUUCCUAUUCGAGCAACAUCAGACUUACUUCUUUUCCAGUCGGAUCUGUACACCGUGAAGGAGGGUGUUGUUUGCUCAAACCCAGUAAGGGGAUCUGAUACCAAUCCCACUAUUAAGUUGGACGGGAUGAAGCUUCGGAAGAUGCAGUACUUUACAGAGCGCACGAAGAACAGACUCAGUCUCCUGGGACUGAGCAGUUUACGGGUGAUCGGCGAUGUCUGGUUUGGAAAAGACGUCGUUCUACAGGGGAAUGUUGUUAUCUGGGCCAAGAAAGACGAGAGGAUUGAGAUUCCAGAUGGCAAGACAAUCAAAGAUCAGCUUGUUACAGCCGAUCUAGGAUGCACAGAUCUAAAUACAAUCGACAUAAAAGCAGAAGAAACGCAGUGGUACCAUGAGCAGGAGAGCGACCCGGACAUAUUCGAGGAGGAAGACUUCCCCCCCUGCCCACCGGAUUGGUCUGGUCUGGACAUGGAAACCUACUCCAAACGAAAGAGCGAGGUAGUAGGAAAACCAAUUUGGGUUCAAGAUGUGGAUGACGAGGAUCUUGAGGAGCUCGGCUAUGCUUCAUGGAAAUCGUAUGUUGUUGACUCGUGCAUUUCAAAUUGGUGAUCAUUAUUCUCUUCAUGAAUGCUACUGGUAAGAUAACUCACAUGUAGAGUUGAAGACCUGUGUAAGGGCUGUGAGGAGCAACGUUCGUACACCAAAAACUUAUACCCAGAGAACAUUCACAUAAGCAUUAAAACCAUUCUACGGCUAGAUCGAAUGAGCCGGCCAUGCAAUCGAAAAUAGAAACUUUCUGCUCCAAAUUCUGUUUCUCCAGCAAGCCCAAGCCGGUGUAAAAAUGCUCAACACGACUGUGUUUACAUGAUUGGAAAUAUAGCGGCAGAGCGGCCCAAAAUCUUCCUAGACA